AUGGAUAUCUACGCGCUCGAUGCGUCCGGUACUACCGGGCUGAGCCCGAGUCUGGCCAAGAUCGACGAGGACCUCGCGGAGGUCAGCUUCGAUACGGGGUCCGAGUUUAAUUUGCACUUUUUCGAUACGCCCGAAGACUCGAACACGCAGAGCGGAUUCAGUGAUCACGAGUCGAGUGAGUCGACCGCCCGGGACACUCCGCCAAGUCCGCGGCCCGGGGCGACUAUGGUGUCCACAAGUCAGCGAUUGGUGAAUGGAAGCAAUUCCUCCGUCGGUUCCGCGAGUUGUUCCAUGCUGAUCUCUUCCACGGCUCAGGCGAACCUGGAGAAGGCGAGUGUAACGUCCACGAAUUACGACGCUGGUGUGGCAAGGUCCUGCACGGGAGGACGAGGAGAUCAACAGUGCGCCGGUUCGGACGCCAGCUCGACGACGACCAGCACCACCAAAACGUUCGUCGCCUGCAAGGUGUGCGGCGACAAGGCGUCCGGCUACCAUUACGGCGUCACCUCGUGCGAGGGCUGCAAGGGCUUCUUCCGGCGCAGCAUCCAGAAGCAGAUCGAGUACCGGUGUCUGCGCGACGGCAAGUGUCUGGUGAUCCGGCUCAAUCGGAACCGGUGCCAGUACUGCCGCUUCAAGAAGUGUCUCUCGGUGGGCAUGAGCCGGGACUCCGUACGGUAUGGACGAGUGCCGAAAAAGUCCCGUGAAGCCGGAAGCUGCAACGAGGAAAGCAUGAACGUGUGCGUCAACUCGACCACGUCGCCUUCGGUGGCGCUGCAGCUGCAUGGGAGUGCGACGGGCGCGAGUGGAACGGCGAUCGGAGUCAACAUCGCCACCACCACCACCUCCUCUUCCACCAGCAGCACCAACAACAACAACAGCAACGCAACUAUCAACCAUAACCACCACAGUACACCAAAUGCCAUGUCCAUGACAAACUGCACCGAGAUCAGCACGACCACCGCCGGCAACCCCACGAACCCGGCCGGACCGACGAUCCUGCCCGACUCGCUGACUUUCACCCCGCCAGAACUGUCCGUGUACGACAUCAUCCAGUGCAUUGCGCAAGCGCACCGAGGCCACUGCACCUACACGAGCGACCUGGUGAAGGAGCUCAGCCGAAUAUCGCUGCUGAACUACAGCGAAAAGCACAACUUCCUGCUGCAGCCCCUCGAGACCCUCGAGGACCAGCGCACCUGGCUGUGGCAGCAGUACGCGAUGCGGAUGACGCCGGCCGUGCAGCGGAUCGUCGAGUUCGCCAAGCGGGUGCCCGGGUUCGGCGAGUUCCUGCAGGACGACCAGCUGAUACUGAUCAAGCUGGGCUUCUUCGAGGUCUGGCUGGCGCACGUGGCCCGCUCCACCAACGAGUCCACGCUGACGUUCGACGACGGUGUCUACAUCACACGCCAGCAGCUGGAAGUGAUCUAUGAUCCGGAAUACACCAACGCGCUGUUCAACUUUACCAGCGGCCUCAACAGCUGCUGCCUGAGCGACACCGAGAUCGGGCUCUACUCGGCCCUCAUCCUGCUCUCCGACCGGCCCGGCCUGGUCGAGACGAAGGUGAUCCUGAAGACGCGCGAGUGCAUCGCGGAGGCACUACGAGUACAAAUCACGCGAUCGCGGGCCAACAGCAUCGGCAUCGGUGCGCUGCAGAUUAUGCCCGCCCUCGAGGCUAAGGUGCACGAGCUGCGUAUGCUCGGCGAGAAGCAUUCGGCCCACCUGGAGUGGUUCCGCAAGAACUGGAGCACCAUCCGGUUGCCGCCACUGUUUGCGGAAAUAUUCGACGUGCCGAAGUGCGAGGAGGAUUUGCAGUAGAGUCCCGGAAUUUGCCAAAUUCAUUCGAUGCGUAACCCCGCAGAUACCGCUUGUUAGUGAACGCGCUUAACCAAUCCGGACGUGGUACAAUCCCAGUGGAAACGAGUGAAAUUUUAACCCGACGGUGUGUGUGUGUGUGUGUGGAUAGCCUUAAAGAGGCAUAUUACAUCUUAGAUAUAUCGUUAGUAUCGAACGGAAGCAAUCGGCCGUGGCCGCAAGUGAGCGGAACGGAACAUAUUGACUAUUAAAUCAUACACAUCAGCUAUACACUAUUGACAUAUCAUGACUAUCCAUGCGAGUUGUUUCACCACUAACCCCACAUAAGCCGACGGUUCCGGCUAGAUAACGGCCAUUCCCAGCGCCAUUCGGCUUAUCAGUAACGAGAAGAGCAAUAUCUGUUUCGUGUGGUACGGGAAGCAGACCCGGUUCAAUUCGGUAGAGCAGGAGGAGGCUGUGUGCCUGUGAUUUGGUCUUUGAUAAGUCAAUGUCAAGCGCCACCACAAACGCGACAAAUAAUAACAUACACACCAGAACCGUGAAGACUUAA